GAUCGCAUGCGGCUGCCCAAUCGUGUUUUAGUGCUAGAGUUAGAGAUCACGAUCCGCUCUACCAGCUGAUGAGAGUAAACAUACCAGAGCAUGGGAACAAAACUUGUAUACUGACUCAGAUCUACGGCAAAGGUAUUGUACUUAAGGAAAUUUACACUGAUGCAAAUUUCUAUAGUACCGUCUGUACGUGUAAUUCCGGCUGUCCUCUAAUACUGGCUUGGUGAAUUACCCGCUGGCCAAUUGAUGGAGUAACGAAAUCAUAGGAAAAACACAGGGGGACCUUUCCGCCGUUCCUUCUACGUCUUUCAUUGAUUAUAUUUAAACCGUAGGCUGGAGAGAACCGACGGAAGGCCUCUUGCUUCUGUUUGAUCAUCCUGCGUUAGGGAGACAGGAUUUGGACGCUGCCCUCGCUGCUAUCAAAAGAGGGAGAUUUUUAAUUCUAGCGUACGGGGGUGGACUGAUGGAUCAGCGGUGCCCUCUCAGACAAAGGAAGAGUGGCACUGUUGUCUGAAAGAAGGAAUAGUUCUCCAGCCAGGUUGAAGCGCUGCUAUAGUGAGAAAUGAUAUAGCUACAGCCCUCCCGUGAGAGAGGUGUCAGUGCAGUUAUCUCUGCUCUUCCAUAUUUUGUGGAUAUUCUGUUAUUGGUCUGUUCACAGUGCCUCCUAUUAUCGACUGUAGAUCUUCCGCUUUGACUGUGGUUUAGCGAAGCCGCCAUCUGAUUCCACGUGCUGCUCCUCCAUGGAUGAUUUGUCUCAACAGUGACCCGUACCGCGACAUUGUGGCUGCUUUCAGUGUUAUAUUCGUGACGAGACCUCAGGCACACCGGAGCGCAACCUACACCAAAAUUCCAAUUGAAAUCGACACUGAAACCACACCAGGAAAUGGCCAUCAUACUCCGUAAACAUCGCCGGUGUUGAAACCAACAUCUUUAAACAGUUUGCCAAAAUGGGAAGCUUCGCAGCAGGCUUGCCAUUUAAUUUAUCACAUCUCGGAAGCCCCAAUUUCCAAAUUCCAAAACAUCCGGACUCAGGUCGUAAAGAUUGGGAUAUUGGAAGUGACCCUGAUGAUCCUUUGUCUCAUCGUAAGCAUGAAAACCAACCAAGGCACCAGGAAGAUAUACCCGGGGAUCACGAUCCUAAACAUUUGGUCGCUGAAAAUAAGUGUUCUUCGGAGUGCAGAGGCGAUAGCAAAUGUCUCCACUGGCAUGACAAAUGGGAUUGCCUAUGUGAAACUACCUAUUCGCCUCCUCAAGCCGAUGGAAAUUGUACACGUCCAGAUGGAUCAGGUUCCAACGGGUCUCCUGGCGUCAUUGAUAACGAUACGCUGCAUAAUAUUGUCCAUAAAGGACAGUCACAAACUACAAACACUACCAUGUCCAGUUUAACCGAAAACGCCCCAAUCCAGCGAGAAUCUGAUUGGAGGGUUCUUCAGAUAGCACUUCCGGUAGGCUUCUUCCUGUUCUUGUUCCUCGUCUUGCUCUUGGUCUUCAUGCGCAGAUGGCGCCACAGCAGAAGCUCUAAACGAGGCUCGGAAAGUGUUGUGAAGAACAGUGACAAUGUCCAACUUUUAGAACGCAUGAACAUCAUAAGUAAAAACCCAACAUACUUCACAUCAUUGCACGAUGGAGUAGAAGGGAAAGAACUAUACGUUAGAGAAAUCCCACUGGAACAUCUCAAGUUGGUAGAGGUAGUUGGAGAGGGAGCAUUUGGACAGGUUUUUAAAGGUAACCUCUUUAAUACGGAAACCAACUGUGAAACAAAGGUUGCGGUGAAGGUCCUGAAAGACGGCGUGUGCAGUGAAAUCAGGGCGGAUUUUGAAAGAGAGGUUGAGAUUAUGAGCGCCUUCGACCAUGACAACAUACUCCGCCUUGUCGGCGUUGUAACCCAAAACGUGGGCCAAAGUCCAUAUAUGGUGUUUGAGUAUAUGGAAUAUGGAGACCUGGCCGAACUCCUCCGAAAGAAUGACCCUAUUCUGAGAAAAACUGACGACUGUGUUGUACUGCAAAAGAAUGACUUGGUCGACAUAUCGACCCAGAUCGCAAAUGGAAUGGCCUACCUGACCUCUCAGCACUUUGUUCACAGAGACCUAGCAACAAGAAACUGUCUUGUAGGCGAAGGCCUUGUGGUCAAAAUUUCAGACUUUGGAAUGUCUCGUGAUAUAUACACAUGCGACUAUUACAAAAUCGGCGGCAGCAGGAUGCUUCCAGUGCGGUGGAUGUCUCCCGAGAGUGUUAAGUAUGGCCGCUUUACCAGUGAGUCGGACGUAUGGGCUUAUGGUGUUGUAUUAUGGGAGAUAUUCAGCUGCGGUCGACAACCUUACUACGGACAUUCUAACGAAGAGGUUAUUCGUUUUUUGGAUGAAAAGAUCUACUUGCAGCGCCCUGAAGAUUGCCCGACUGCAAUACACAACAUUAUGGCAGGCAGUUGGAAACAGGAGCCAAAGGAAAGAUUUACCUUUGAAAAAAUACACAGUUUAUUAGUGGAAUAUAAUAAGAAAGUUGUUCUGAACGUGGAAGAAGAAAAGUCGGUAGAUUCUGCUUCUAUCGCUGAAGUAAUGGCGUAAGAUCCACUCUUAUUUUGCUUGCUUUGGAGGUUCAUAGAAUAGCAUGCAUAUCAAGACUGAGAAAUGGCAGUAAGAUUUAUGAGAGUUGUCUUCUCUUGGCAGUAAGAUGUAUGAGAGUUGUCUUCUCUUGGUACAUUCAUUGUCCCAUGUUUAGAUAAAAUUGACCUUUUGGUAUUUUUGUCAGAUGUGAUGUUUCUUUAUGGCAAAAUGACUGUUGUGUUGUAGAAUGACAUAACCAUCCAUGCCUGUGUAUGAUCUUAUAUAGUACAUGUAUACAAUACGGGAAAUGAAAACAAAAAAUAAUAAUGCUUUUUUAUCGUUGUAGGCCGAUAUGGCAGUUAUUCCACAGAGCAAUGCCUUUUGACAGUAAAAUGAUCCAUUAAGCAAUCAAUUAUUACACAUAUUUAGUCUUCCCAGUAUGAAUUGUAUCAAACAAUUACCAAAGCUAUUUUGGUCAUGCACGCGAUUUACAAAGGUGCAUCCUUGCAUAAUUGUUUAUGGCUUUGACGUUUGAAGUUUGGAAAUGUCAUAUAUGUAUAGUCCAUACACAUUGUUUGAAAGAGCUUUUUAUUAAACCAUGUGCCAAAAUUACACUGAUAUUAGUUUUUGAUGUGACAAAUCCUAAAUAGGUUUGCGAUGAUGUGUGUUAUAUGAUAUAAUGCUUGAUUUGAGUAUUGAUGAGUCGCGUGCAAUUUGGUGUUAUUGAUGCUUUGAGAAGUUAACGCCUAGCCAGUCUUUGCCAUGUUUCGUGUGAUAUCAAUUAAUCGUAUAAUUAGUGAAGCAUGUACAAAGGGGAAUAUUAUCCUUUUUGCCAAUUUUCAUUGCUGUUUUUCUCUGACAAUUGUGCGAAUUGCUUUUCAGUGGUCAUUUGUCUGUCAACUUCUAUGAUGCACCAACAAAAUGUUUUUAACAUGUGACAAUUGAGGAACAGUUCAAAUCACAUUUACGUGCUCAUUACGCCAGGGAGCGACCAUUUGAUUUCGAAGGGGUGGGGGUGGGAUUAAGGUUGAAUUCAGCAUUGUUUUCUUAAUGUUGAGGGGCUCAAUUAUAUUUUCAAACAAACAGGUUCUCAUUUAUUUAUUUUUAAAUAAAUUAAAACAAGAAUCAAACUGUAUUUCGUAGAUGUUUAUUUUAUUCUCUUCGGCAAGUUCCUCUCAACGCCCAGUGACCUCAAAUUCCGCUAACAGACGUAUUUGAAGGUGCCCUUUUGCUGGAGUGAGGACAGUCUGCCCAUCCACUUGUUGAACUCAGCAUCUGUGAUAGUUGAGCCGUUGGAAUUUGAUGGGAUCGCUGUAGGAUGUUCGACGCCUUGGUCCAUCACAUAUAUCUCGUCUUUGUUGACUGUGAAGACAAUUGCAAACAGGAUAGGACGAGCCGUCCAACUGUACAGUGCCUUUCAUGUCAGUUUGGAGUGACUAGAUCAUACUGAGGAGCCUUGUUAGGUCGAUGAAUGUGACAUAGAUUUAUUGCUACUGGUCUUUGCACUUUUUCAGCGACCCUCAGAUUGAGAGGAUCGUGUUGGUCGUGGAUCGUUCUGCCUUGAAUCCACACUGCGAUACGAGAUACACCCAAUCAAGCAAGUUUCUAUAGUCUGUUCAAGGACCAUACUAUCCUCCGAUACUCAGUGAGGAAAUUCAGAGAGAGUUGUAACAAACGCUUCUAUCACCCUUGUUAUUGUAGAAGGUGACGAUGUUGAAGUCUCUCAUGACUUGGAGCAUCACUCCCUUUCCGAACUCUAACACAGUAGUUCAAACAUGUGGCUUAGCAGGAACCCCAAAUGACGGCUUCAGAAGGGAUCCUAUUACUGGCAGGCGCUAAAUGGCUUCCAAUGCAGAAUAAGGGAUGCUGCUUUCCCUGGAGUAGAGCUGAGUAGUGCUCAACCCGUUGGACCGAUUUCUUACUUGAUGCGUCUUACACACCUUGGAUUAUCCACCUUCAGUUGAUGAUUGAAUGCCCUCGCAGAGCUGCAGAAAGUAGUCGUUCACGCAUAUUAUUGCUGUUUUCUGAUAUUUUCUUCAGUGUUUUCAUAUAGCUUGCAUAUUUUCCUGCUUGGUACAGGGAUAGGUGCGGAUCUUUUCUCGACGACAAGGAAAUCAGUGCUGCACAGGUAGUGGUAUGUGCAUAGCUCCAGAAGUCGCCAUUCAUCCCGCCAUUAGUUGAUAAAAAAGGUAAAGGCAAAAGCCAAUAGUGCUUGGUAUCAGAGGCGUCGGAAGAGUGAUUUUGAGUGAGUUAUAACACGGCGGGGAACUCCAGAAAUGGGCUUCACAUAUUGUACCCAUGUCGGGAUUCGAACUCAGGUCUUCGGCGUGACGAUCGAACGCUUUAACCACUAGGCUACCCGACCGUCCUGCGUGUUAAGUGCAGCCUGAAGACAACAGCAUACUGCCAUAGGAGCUCCGAUUUACCUCAGCCGCAAGGAGACAGCUUAGUAAAAGAAGUUGUGAAUUAAAAUUUCCCUUCAAAUGCACACUUUCUGCAAGAAAAGGGUACAUUUUUUCUAUAAUUCGAGAAGAAUGUAAUUUUGUUACAGUGAAAAAGGGCUUGAUUAUUUUUGUAGAAAAAUAUCCCGGCCUCAUCCCUGAAAAUCAAAUGGUUGCUCCCUUAACGCAUUCGGUAAUGAUUUUCAUACAGAUUCCAAGACAGGGCCCACAGGUUACUAUAAACCCUUACAUUUUCUAUCAAGUUAGUGUGGCAAACGUUUUGAUAUGGUUUUCAAGUAACAUUGACAACUGUCAUGUACAAUUUAUAUGCAAUGAAAGUGUGUUAUUUCCAACGUAUUCAUGAUAGGAAAAGAAGAAAAGCAAAAGUAGCAAAGUCUACUUCCGCUGCGUUUCUGGCGACUUUUUCCUCCAUUGAAAUUCACAGAGGAAUGGACUAACGCAUGUAGACUGAUGGCAUUAUUAAAAGAACUAUCACAUUACAAUAUAUAUUAUGUGUAGAGAUAGCUCAUUCAUAAUACUCGCUCUCUUGAGUCAAGUAAGAUAACGUUUAUUUAUGAGUUUCUGUCAACAUUAGCUAAAUAAAAAGUUUCGUCUUUGAUGAAUAUGAUUAUGAAGUCCCAUGUAUGGUUUAGCGCCUUUUGGAGUAGGUAUAAAUAUGUCUUUGUGAACAAUAUUUAGAUUUGUAUAUAUUAAACGAAUGUAGUAUGUUAUUCUUUUAUGAUCGAAAUAACUCAGCUUCCCAAUUUUGUUUCAGUUGCUAAUCAUGCAUGUUUGUUUCAGCACCUUGCCAUAUUGUUGGUUGACUGUAUUUUAACAAAAACUGGCCUCCAAACAACAUUAGUGAACAAACAAAAACAGUUACCACCUUUCACUUGUUUAAUUACGUCACCAAUAUGUCACUUGACAUUAGUAUGACGUUGUAGCAACGGAUGCCGUUGCAAGGAAUGCAUUCUGCAUCAACUUUGCAGAUGAGUUGAACUGUUUGUGAUUUGUUUGAAAAAUUAAGUUUGAAAUGCAUAGAAUGCAAUAAAAUACUUUCUAUAUGAUAUAUUAUAACAUUCUUUCUUCUCAUCUUUCUCAUCAUUCAAACAAAAACCAUUUUCGCAACAAUUUUCCUUUGGUUUUAUGGCAAAUGUCAGCAUAUAUAUAAUGUUGGAGUAAUGUACAUAGUCUUUUAGCCUACGAAAUGUGCCAUAAUAGUUUUCUUUUCGUAUAUCACGUGCUACUACUCUAAUAUAUCUCACCAUCAUGCAUUGUCCGUUUGUGACAUUUCCCAUACUUUAUAUUGCCAAAGUCUUUAACUUGUUUUCAGAAGCCUGCUCUUGAAACUUAGAAAGAUUCUUUUGCGGAUGUAUUAAUGCACAGAUGUGAACCGAAAACGGUGUAAAACUAUUUAGCUUGUGUCGUUCUCAACUUGCCUCAUUUGGCUCCGAGAGCAGCAAAGAGAAUCUUUCGUCAUAACUAUAUUUUCAUUUCAGUCCUUGCGUAAAUAUUUCCUAAAAUUGGUGAUUCUUCAAGUUUGUAUGUGUGUAUAAAUAUGAUAAUGUCGAUUUUUCGGGUAAUGACAAUACUAAGUGUGGAGGUUUUUAAUUAUAAUUAUAUAUGUAUUUGUCUUACCCAAAGAUAUGUUCGAUAUCAUUGGUCAAUACACUGUUACAAACAAUACACAAGAACAUAAGCGCAACAUAAAUAGUCGUCCUUCCAAACCGUCAUCGCUGAGGGAAAUAAAGGUGUCCCGUUAAUGAGUGGUCAUGUUAACGUGCGACGCUUGCAUGCAAUAAAGAACAUAUUUCUUGAUCAUAUGUGAUUGUGUGUUAAUUACUUCAGCAUCAUUUUCUAAACGAUGUUAGCGAAUGUACAGAAAUGUCAUUUAUAUUACAUUUACACUCAAUCAGCUGUUUUAAUGAAGAAUAAUGUUUCCUUACCGUUCUAUAUCCAGUAAUAAGAUCGAUAUUUCAUUUUCACGAGAGGACAUUUUUGAUGUUAGAAAUAUAUUUCAUGUACAUUUUGUAUAUAUGUUCUGUAUAUAUAUGUGUAUAUAUAAUAUUUAUGUUGUAAUGUGUUCCGUGCCAUAUCACACUGUUAGUAUUACACUGUCAUAUUUGUAUACAAUUCUCAAAGGUAAUCACGAUUUGAAUUAUGUGCCCAGACGAUUUGAGAGGCGUUACCCAUUGCUUUUACGAGUAAAUGAGAGCGAUAAAAUAUAUUUCCAUAAUCAUAAGAAACGUCUACUAAAAGCGGAGUCCCUUACACGAUUUCUACGAUAUCAUAAGAAUUUGUUCAUGACUCACUAUCACAUAGUGACGAUACCAGCUGUAAGCGAAAAGGUGAGCGUAUCCUGCCCCAGAGGUGACGCCUGGCAAGGCAAGUCAAUUCUCCACCUGAAAAAAACACGGGCACAUCUCGUACAAGCGAAAAUAGGGAGUUGCAUCGGAUAUAAUUUGUGUCAGUGAUGUAUCCUAUUUGGAAGUGUCCUCCACAAAACGUUUUGAAAGCAUUACAGAGGCCUUGAAUGUUGCUAACCUGAUCAAACAAGAGUCGCUACUUCACAAGUUUACCUAUGUUUUACAUUAUAUUGCCAUGAUAACAAGUAAAUGGAAUAAGACAUCUAAAUGGCGAUGGCGCAACAGUUCUCUGUUAAUAAAACAAAUGAAAGUCACUCAUGUAGUGAAUGUGUACAGUUGUUAUCAGAUUCUACAUACAUUCGUAUACACAAUUGUGAAUGUUGUUAGUCCAUGAAGGUCACAGUACCGUUUUAUAACCAAUUCCAGUAAUAACUCAUCUUGCCAUUUACAUUGUCCAAUGCUCAAAUGAAACAUAAACUAUUUUCUGACAAUUAUAACUGAAACUAAAUAUGUUGAUAGUAUGUUCUGAAUGCCAAAAUAUAACUACAUUGAUAUAUAAGAAGUCAUUCAUAUUAAGUAUAUUGACAUAUUUCAUGUCCGCAAAUGCAUUUCAUAUCUGAAUAUUAAUGGAGCGUUCGGGAAAUUUUGUAUUAUUUUUCAUUCUCCAGUGCAAUAUUAAGGGAAUAAAAUAAAUACAUUUAAUUUUUGGAAAUAUGCCUUUUCAUGAGUAUGACUAAAGAAAUAUAAUGCCGUUUCCGAACAUGUCAACUUUGCCUGACUGUAUUCAAUGUACGACGUUUCAGUUUUAGCUGUCGGAUGUUCGUAUGCUGUCGAUAGGCCGAAUGGCCCAGUGUGUUUGCUUGACGUUAACUAUUGCUAAGUUGGUUUUGCCAACUACACAUACAGGCUCAUCAUGGUAUUAACUCCUGCAGAUGCAUGGUAAGUUUAAAAGCAUAUGGUUAAAUUCGGGGUAAAAAUUGUAUCAUUUCUGCUGGAAGUCAAGGAUACCGAAGGUCACUUCUUGACCACUUUCUCGAGACUACCAGGUACUUUUCAAUUAGUACGACAUGCAUGUUAAAGGAUGAUUCAACACCUGGUUUCAUUCAUUUCCAAUGUUUAGAACAUUACGAACAUCGUAUCAAGGCAAUUAAAUCAUAAACGUAUAUUUCAGUGGGUUUUUUAAAUUAUAUGUUGUAUGUUUGCAUACAAUGUCUUUAAGUAGUCUUUCUCAAUCUAGGCAUAGCACAGAUUCACACUUAUCCUUCCUGACUUUAAUGACGUUUCAGACAUGUUCCCUUCCUCAGCUAAUAAUAAUGUCAGUUUCAUUAUAUACGUUUAACUAAACUAAACUUUUAUUGGUCAAUUUACUUACUUUUCAGGGCUACUUCUUGUCCCUUUCGCUCGAUGAAGGGCCAAGAAAAAGCCUUGAAACUUCAGGACAAAGAAUAAUCCAUUAACAAAGUUGUGAUCCAUAAACGUUUUAGGGUUUCGUGCUCUUCCGUCUUUUAAUGGCAAUCAAAAGCAAGAGGGUAAAGUGUCCAAAUUUAGAAUUGAAAGGACGAAGAACAAUGUUUCGUAUUUUCUGCAUUUAAUGCAUCUCUUUAACUCAAUAGUUCUUGUUGAAUUAACUUGUUACUUCAGAAUGUUAUGAAACUGUGUAUAUGUAUAUAAAUGAAACCAGAUUAGUCACAAUGUCGUAUUGUAUGCUGUCUGUGCUCAUAAAUCUUCGGCGACUUCCCAAAGUCUCACUCAAGCUGUAAUAUAUACAUGUGUCCAAUAAAUACAUUAUUAUCAAUAA